GAAAACAAAAAGGAUCGGGUGCAGUUGCAGAGUUCACGAAGAGCUAAGCAGAAGCCAUCUGAGAACCGAGAGAGAGGGUGACCCAUCACCCACCUUCAACCCUAACUUCCGAUUUUCUCACCCCCCAAACAACCAUUUCUCCCUCUCGCUCUCUCUCUCCUCUCUCUCUGUGUUUUACUUUUCUUUUUCCCAUGAAAAGGGUUGGAAAAAGAGCAAGCAAGCACAAAAGGAAGAGCAAGACGGCGGGGGAAGGCGUCGCUUCGAUGGAUGUCUCACACUCGUCAAUUGGAGUUCUCACUCGAGCUAAAUCCCUAGCUCUCCAGAAAUCCUCCUCCUCGCUCCCGACUUUUCCUCCGCCAUCGCCCCCGUCGCCGCAGCAGCAGCAGCAGCUUGUGGACGGAGGUGGGCCGUUUCUACAGCUUCGGAAUCGCCGGCUUCAGAAGAAACCCUCAAUUGUUGUGAUUCGUUCCGGCAAACGGAGGAAGCUGAGGAAGAAAGCUGCAUGCGUCGAAUGCCCUAACCCUAAUUCCAAAAAAUUGGAUUCGCCUGUGGGUUCGCUGCGCGGCGGCUCCGGUGGCGAUGGGUCUCGGUCGGGUUCAUUUGCGGAGAGUGUUGUGUGUGCGAAGGAGAAAGAGAUGCUAGUCGAUGAAAAGGAAGCCAACAAGGAUCUGGGCGUCGACUCUUCGCCUGAAGAAAAUAUCUUUGAGCUUGAAGGCAGAGAAAGGACCACGAGGGAAUCUACGCCAUGCAGUGUGAUGAGGAAUCCAGAAACUGUAAGGAUCCAAAGUGAAGAGAGUCUGCCAGUGCCAGGUGGUCGUAAUCUACCGACAACUCAUGAAAUGGACGAGUUUUUCUCUGGUGCUGAGGAAGAACAACAAAGACAGUUCAUUGAAAAGUACAACUUUGAUCCGGUGAACGAGAAACCAUUGCCAGGACGCUACAAGUGGAAGAGAGUAGACCAUUAAUAAAAGGUCAAUACAGACGCUUAUAAUAUUUCCUGCUAAUUAUCAGUUGAUCAGUGAACAGGAAUCAUGGUUCAGCUGCAAAGGUUGGUGGUUCCAGUUUCUAGCUUCCGUCAUCUGUAUAACUUUAACAUGCAAAGAAAAGAAGUAGGAAAUCUGUGUGUAGAGACAAAACCAAUACCAGGCCUUUGUCCAACAGAGCAUCAUAGACCCAUAAGGGAAGGUUACAAAGAACAGGGGUUUAGGGUUUCCAGGUUUAGACAGAUCUCUUAGGGCAGUCUUCUUCUUUUUCCAGUACAGGAACUUUACUCUGCAUUUCCUCUUGUUCCUUUCUACUGUAGCCUUCUCAUCCAUCCUUUCGUGUAUAGAUGUGUACUGAUGAAACAUCUGAGAGUGAGAAAUCUCUCCAAUAAAAUAUUUACCCUCGUCUUUUUUUUUUUUUUUGGAUUCUUGAGAAUGCAAAGGCAAAUGACUGAUAAUGGAAGGGGGACAAACGGUGAUGGUUGUGGAUUGGAUGGGGAUAAUGUCUCUUUAGUGCUAACUUUACUUGGUUUUGUUUUUGUUGGUAAAUCAAAGUGGAAGAUUCUCUGUCUUCGCUCUCAGUGUCCAUUGUACUUUCCACUUUGAUUUUUUUUUUUCAUCUUGUUUGCAUUUCAAAGCUCGAGAUAUCGUUUGUAUGUAAAAGAGAGACAUUUUGCAUUCUA